ACCUCUACUGGUCCACAUUCUGACAUCCACUAUAAAAUGCCAGCCCAAACGCAAAACCCAGUUUCCCUUUCGCUUUCUGGAUUCGGAAUCAGACACAGAACCAUUAACAACCUCUCUCUCUCUCUCUAGUUUCUCUCUCUACCGUUGAAGAAGACGAUGCCUUAUUGCGAGGUCGCGUCGCAGAAAACCAGCCUGAACUCGCAGCUCAACAAUGGAAUCAAGAUUUUCUACAGAACGUACGGUUGCGGACCGACCAAGGUUCUCCUCAUUAUAGGAUUGGCUGGAACUCACGAGUCAUGGGGCCCACAAAUCAAGGGACUGACGGGCUCCGAUAAGCCCAACGACGCCGAUGAGACGACGACCGGUGAAUUAUGCGACAAUGAGGCUGGUUGUGGCGGCGACGGUAUCGAGGUUUGUGCCUUUGAUAAUCGCGGCAUGGGCCGGAGCUCUGUCCCCACCAAAAAGUCUGAAUAUACAACAAGAAUUAUGGCAAAGGACGCCAUUGCUUUGUUGGAUCAUUUGGGUUGGACAAAUGCCCAUAUUUUUGGUCAUUCAAUGGGAGCUAUGAUAGCAUCCAAAGUAGCAGCAAUGGUUCCCGAAAGAGUGUUGUCAUUGGCUUUGCUAAAUGUAACGGGUGGAGGUUUUGAAUGUUUUCCAAAGCUUAACAGACAAACACUAUCCAUUGCGAUCCGUUUCUUAAAGGCAAAGACUCCUGAGGAGAGGGCUGCUGUUGACUUGGAUACCCACUACUCGAAGGAAUAUCUUGAGGAAUAUGUUGGAUCCACCACAAGAAGAGCGAUCUUAUAUCAAGAAUAUGUGAAAGCUAUAUCAUCAACAGGAAUGCAGUCUAAUCAUGGUUUUGAAGGUCAAGUGAAUGCAUGCUGGACGCAUAAAAUGACACGAACAGAAAUUGAAUUGAUUCGAUCUGCUGGGUUUUUAGUUUCAGUCAUUCAUGGCAGGUAUGAUGUCAUUGCUCAGAUAUAUUAUGCACGGAGACUAGCAGAGAAACUGUAUCCUGUUGCUAGAAUGGUAGAUCUUCCUGGAGGGCAUCUGGUGAGCCAUGAGAGAACCGAAGAGAUUAACAAAGCUCUUAUUGAGUUGAUUGACGCUUCAAAAAUGAAGAUAAACCCACAUGAAUGGACAAAUUUGCCCAACAAAAGAUCUGGAUGGAUGGCAAUAAGACCGUCACAUAUCAGAACAAAUACAGAAGGAGGAAGCAAUGUCUCUUUCAUGUCUAACAUGUUAGAAAAAUUACACCUAUGCCUUUUAUACCUUUUUGGACUCUUUGUUCUGACAUUUGAGUUUGCAAAUAAGACUUUGAGAAGAUUGAAGCCAGUGAGAGUUGGAUCUUCGCUGACAUGAAGCCUAUAGUCAACCCCUGUUUUUCACCAGGGUUUUGUUGGCCUGUCACUCUAAUGGUGCAGCUGAACGUGAUGUAAGCAGUUAAUGAUACUUGAAGACGACAUGAGACUGUCCGAAAAACCAGUGUUUGACUAACAAAAGAAAGUUCACGAGCAUUUGCGUUGAAGGCGGGGGGGACAGGGAGCAAUCACCAAGGCAUUGUUAGGGAGAUCAAAUUUCCUUUUCCCUUGAAUUGCCUAGGCCUUGAGCAGAUCACGAUGCUAACAUACACUAUUUGUAUCUAAGACGAUGAAUAUAUACAGAUCUCAUCUCCAAAUGGAGUAGGAAAAGGGCUAUAUUGACAUGACAGAAUAAAGAACACUCUUCACUAUCCCUACAAUGCAACAUUCUUAUUGAAUGUAUCAACGAAGAAAAUAAUUCGAUAUGUUAUUUAGUGAUCAUCAUACCAGGUGAACAGUCUAGUUCCAUCAACUUUCCUAGUUCGUAGCCUCUAGUGCUACAACAUGGCCAACUGUAUUGAACAUUCAAUCGAUAAGUCAAGCUUUUCACACUAAA